UUUAUGUCUCUCUUUUUAGGAGAGGAAAGCCACUUUUGUCGUGCCCUUGAGCAUUAGCCACAAUGAUUCCUCCAGUGCUCAUCUUCUUCCUGAGUUUUCUCUGCCAUGCUGCUAUCGCAGGGCGAACCUGUCCCAAGCCGGAAGAGUUACCGUUUGCCGUGGUUGUUCCAUUGAAAUCAUCCUAUGCGCCAGGGGAGGAGAUAGUGUAUACCUGCCAGCCGGGGUACGUGUCCCGGGGAGGGAUCCGGCGGUUUAUCUGCCCGCUCACAGGACUUUGGCCCAUCAACACUCUGAAAUGUCUACCCAGAGUAUGUCCUUUUGCUGGAAUCUUAGAAAACGGAGCUGUACGCUAUACAACUUUUGAGUAUCCCAACACGAUCAGUUUCACUUGCAACCGGGGUUUUUCUCUGAAAGGAGCUAAUUCGGCUAAAUGUACCGAGGAAGGAAAAUGGAGUCCAGACCUUCCUGUCUGUACCCCUAUAACCUGCCCUCCACCACCCAUACCCAAGUUUGCAAAACUUAGUGUUUAUAAGCCAUUGGCUGGGAACAACUCCCUCUAUGGAGGCAAGGCAGUCUUUGAAUGCUUGCCACAGCACGCAAUGUUUGGAAAUGGUACAAUUACUUGCACAGAACAUGGAAAUUGGACUGAAUUACCAGAAUGUAAGGAAGUAAAAUGCCCAUUCCCAUCAAGACCAGAAAACGGAUUUGUGAACUAUCCUGCAAAGCAAGUUCUUUAUUACCAGGAUAAAGCCACAUAUGGUUGCCAUGACACUUACACCUUGGAUGGACCAGAAGAAGUUGAAUGUAACAAAUUUGGAAACUGGUCUGCACAGCCCAGCUGUAAAGCAUCUUGUAAAUUAUCUGUGAAAAGAGCUACUGUGAUAUAUGAAGGAGAGAGAGUCAAUAUCCAAGAUAAAUUUAAGAAUGGAAUGCUGCAUGGCCAAAAAAUUUCUUUCUUCUGCAAGAAUAAGGAAAAGAAGUGCAGCUAUACGGAGGAUGCCCAGUGCAUAGACGGCACCAUUGAAAUCCCCAAAUGCUUCAAGGAGCACAGUGCUUUGGCUUUCUGGAAAACGGAUGCAUCAGAUGUAAAGCCAUGCUAAGCUGGCGUUAAGAUUCAAAAUAAAUAUCACACUUGUAUGUAUUUGUCCAAGGAACCUAAUGAAAGUGAAAAAAUAAAGCGGCUGAAUUUAUUGCA